AAUCCGUGGUUGGAGUAAGAGACAUCAUUAGUCAUCACCAGGGCAACAUAGUGUCUUUGCAAAAUGGCUCAGAUGUAUGUGUUUGGUGUGACGCUUUUGCUUCUAUGCACAGCAGAAAGUUUUUCGCCCUUGAAUUUUAUGAAAAAGAGGUUGGAACGUCUAGAUUCCAAUCCAUGUGACGGUCGUUGCACUGAAUUUGGUAAAGUCUGUGAGCUGAACAAACGAGGAAGGCCAAAGUGUCUCUCUCUGGAAGAAUCGUAUCAAACAUGCCACAAAAGGUCAUGCAAUGCCGUACGUUUGUGUGGAGGAAUAAAUAAGAAACUUCUUGGCCAGCCUCAGUGUAUCUGUCGUGCUGACUGUGAUGCACACCCCAGUUUCCAAGUGUGUGGUACUGAUGGUAUCACGUACAAAUCUCAUUGCCACCUCCACAUGACAGCCUGCAGACAGCAUACUCACAUUGCUAUAUCUGCCAUUGGUCCCUGCCCACAUGAUGUAUUCUAUGCUCUACCUCCUAAUGUCUCAAUUGUUUUGAAUGGCAGUGAAAUUGCUCCAUUGAUCAAAGUAGUCAAUGAGAUUACACCAAACAUGAGAGAGCUCGUUAGGUUUGUUCAAGCUCUUUUGCCACGAUUUUCUAACGACACUGAUUCAGUCGACAUGUUCAAUGCACUUCGAAUUCUCACUGAUACCGGAUAUAUCAAGUUUAGAAAGCUUGUUGCAAAGAAACAGGCUUCGACCCUAAGACAAAUUUGGAGACAUCUGGAACCAGUUAAGUUUGAUAAUUCCAUUGCUAGAGAUGCUGCUGUGCUGGAUGCAGUUGAUACAUUUCGCUGGCUACCACGCCCUUCAUUCAAUCGCAUGUGGCCUGGAAAUCCCACACUCUCAAUGGCAUUUCCUCACAGCUUUGAGUUGCCAUGUAAGGUGGAAGGCGCUGAGCAGGCUCAGUGGUUCCACAAUGGUAGGCGAAUAGGCAGUUUUCCACACCAUCGCCGUAUUAUCAAAGACGAUGGCUCACUUUGGAUUGGCAAUGCUCGACCAAGCGAUGCAGGUCUUUACCGAUGUGACGUAUUGAUGACUACUGGUCUCGUCUCAGCUAGUGCUGUUGUAUCAGUCACAGCUACAAAAGGUGCUUCAUCAAUGAAUAUUGAAUAUUCAAACGUUGCUUUCAAGCAGCUAAACAUCAGUCAUGUGAACACCAACAUCAGUCUGGUUAAUGUGACUGUUCGUAACACGUCACUGGUGAAUGUCACCAGUCAAAAUGUCUCACUGUUCAACAGUUCCAUCCAGUGGCUCUGGAUAAACGAGUCAACGAUUGCUGCUCUCAGUCUUAGGAAUGUCUCCAUUGGUAACCAGUCAUGGUGGCUAAAUCUGUCAUGCCCCAAUGUCACCAUGUAUGCUGUUAACGCAUCAGCAGUGAAGAUGUCCAACGUCUCUCUCAAUAACAGCAGAUUUUACUUUGUAAAUUUUUCUUCUGGCUGGCUGGAGAAUGUUACAUUUUGGAACACUUGGGCUCUUAACUGGACUGUAUUAAACUGGACUGAAGUGAAUGUUAGUUACUGGCAUUCCUACUUUGCAAACUUUUCUGCAUGGAAUAUCUCCUCAUGGAAUGUCACAAGGCAGAAUUUUACCAUGAUCAGUGGGUCAUGGUGGAACAUUACCAGCUGGAACGAGACUGUUGUGGACUCUAGAUGGGUAAACGUCAGUUGGUGGAACAUGUCAACUUUCUACUGGAAUGAGAUGAACACAAGCUACUGGAAUGUGACACAAGCAAACUACGUAGCAUGGAAUGUAUCAGCUACUAACAGCUCAAGAUGGAACUAUUUGGCAAUAAAUGGAUCAUCAUGGAAUUUGACCAUGUAUAACUGUAGUUGGAUCAAUAGCACGUGGUGGAACAUCUUUGCUGUCAACUGGACUCUUGGCAACUGGAGCGAAGCAAAUGUUUGGUAUAAGAAUUCUUCAUUCAAAGACUUCUCUGCACGGAACGUUUUGAGCUGGAAUGUUUUCAAGCACAAUUUUACAAUGAUCAAUGGUUCUUUGUCAAAUUUGAACAGUUGGAAUGAAACGAUAUUGAACUCUUCAUGGUUGAAUGUCAGGUGGUGGAAUAUGUCUGCAUUUAACUGGAAUGUUACAGACGUUGUUGAACUAAACACAAGCUAUUGGUUUACAACUCACAACAAUUACACUGCACACAAUGUGUCACUUGUCAACGUUGUAAGAAACAACUUUAUGUUUGUUAAUAGCUCAGUGUGGAACAUGACCAGUGUCAACGAGACUCAGAUUAAUGGCACCAUCAGCAACUCUUCUUACUGUUUUCUCCAGGCAACUAACUUGAAGGCAAAAAAUUUUACUUUUAUAUACAACAAGAUUGGUCAUUGGGAUUUGAAAGCAAGCAGAUGGGAUCUGUAUAAACCACUAAAAAUUCAACAUUUUAAAAUUAGGUGGAAUGACAUGUUAGUCAAACCAUUCUAUUAUAAUCAUCAACUAAUCCAAAACGCACUUGUUUGUACCACUCAACUACAGUCAGCACCAGAGCCACAAAGGAUCGGUUAUGAUGAUGUUGACGAAGAUGAUCUUGAGAGUGGGGAUCUGAGUGGGUCUGCCAUUCUAAGCAAGGAUACCAUUCUUCAGGAGACUGAUUUGGAAGAUGUGAAUGAUGAUGAUGAUGAGGACAAUGAUAAUACCAGAGUGUUUAUCUGGUAAUGAACUAGUGGUGGAAGAUGCCUUUAUAAACAGUUUGUCAUGAGUUCAGAUAACUCUGAGCUUUUGACAAAGGAAUCGUUGGAAAUGCCAUUGUUGCUUUCAUAGUGUAUCUCUAUAGUGUUUAUCUGUGUCUGUUGCAGUCCUGUUUUUAGUGCUAGUUGUGAAUAAACAACUACAAGAAGAGCAUCAA